AUGAUUAAAGCUAUUUUAGUUUUUAAUAACCAUGGCAAGCCGAGAUUAUCAAAAUUCUAUCAGUACUUUAAUGAAGAUAUGCAACAACAGAUAAUAAAAGAAACAUUUCAAUUAGUGUCCAAAAGAGAUGACAAUGUGUGCAAUUUUCUUGAAGGAGGCAGUCUCAUCGGUGGUUCAGACUACAAAUUAAUAUACCGUCACUAUGCGACACUAUAUUUUGUGUUUUGUGUCGAUUCAUCGGAGAGUGAGCUCGGAAUAUUGGAUCUGAUACAGGUGUUUGUUGAGACCCUGGACAAAUGUUUUGAGAAUGUCUGCGAGUUAGAUCUCAUCUUCCACGCGGAUGCUGCACACCAAGUACUAGAUGAGCUUGUGAUGGGAGGAAUGGUGCUUCAAACUAAUAUGGCAGAUAUAUUGUGCAGGCUCGCUGAACAAAACAAGAUGCAGAAAGCAGAGGCUGGAAUAUCAGCUGCUCCGGCCAGGGCAGUAUCUGCGGUCAAGAGCAUGAAUUUGCCACAACAAUUAAGAGAUAUGAGGCUUCCCGACCUUCCACAAGCUAUUAAGGCGUAUCCCGCCUCAGUAACAAUAGCCAGUAACAUAUUCAACUCGAUAUACACCAAUGACAAAUAUCAGAACAUACAAAGAGACAACAUCACUAACAAGUUCUUCGGCUCGGAAUCACUCAGUCAUAAGUUCUCGGAGACAUUCACAGAGAAUUAUCAACAAACUGACGGAAUAAACUUCCUAAAUUAUGAAACUAGUUAUGAUAGGGAGAGAUCUGUGUACCAAGAUCUUACUGGAACAGUUGAGAAUAAACAUAAAGAUAAGAAGAGGAAAAAAAAGAAUAAGUGA